GAUGCCACUGCUAAAACCAGUUCCUCCUGAUGUUCCUUAGAAGAAGGUGGCCUCACUUACAGCUCUGCGUUCUUCAUCUUCACCCAGACAUUCAGAAGGACUUGAUCUCCUCUCAUAAGGACCUUCUGCCUGACCAGAAGUCAAGACAAGCAGAACGAAGGUAAAUGUGUUUAUACAUGUGACAGAUUUCCAUUUUGUGAAGCUGUAGAGAACAGGGGACUCUCAGACAUCGCUGCCAGAUUGCGUUGGAGUUUGUGAGGUCGGGGAUGAUUUGUUGAUGGAGGCCUGGGGUUCGUUAGAGUCGCCGUCCUCCUUGGCAGGUGUUUCCUUGGACUUUGAGCAGAGAUGGGAGACUGGAGUCUUCUUGGGAAUUUCCUUGAAGAGGUCCAGGAGCACUCCACUUCGGUCGGGAAGGUUUGGCUCACCAUCCUGUUCAUCUUCCGCAUCCUGGUGCUGGGCACGGCGGCGGAGUCCUCCUGGGGCGACGAGCAGAGCGACUUCAUGUGCGACACCCAACAGCCCGGUUGCACCAAUGUCUGCUACGACAGCGCCUUCCCAAUUGCCCACAUCCGCUAUUGGGUGUUGCAGAUCGUGUUCGUCUCCACGCCCUCACUCAUCUACAUGGGCCAUGCCAUGCACACAGUGCGUAGGGAGGAGAAGAGGAAGAGGAUGGAGCAGGAGGAGAGGGAGGCCAAAGGAGACGACGGAGAAGACCUGCAGAAGGAGAAGGAGUUCCUCCAACAGAAAGAGAUGAGAGCUGAGGGGACAGGUCGUGUCCGCCUAAAAGGAGCCCUGCUCCACACUUACAUCCUGAGCAUCUUGAUCCGAACAGUGAUGGAGGUCACCUUCAUAGUGGUGCAGUAUCUCAUAUAUGGGAUAUUCCUCAAGGCGAUGUACCUCUGCACAACCUGGCCUUGUCCCAAUGCCGUGAACUGCUACAUGUCCCGGCCCACAGAGAAGAACAUCUUCAUCGUCUUCAUGCUGGUGGUGUCCGGCGUGUCUCUUCUGCUGUCCGUGUUGGAACUCUACCACCUCGGCUGGAAGAGCGUCAAGCAGUGCGUACGCAAGAAGACGUUACAGAAGAGCAACCACAGAGCCGUGACUGUGGCCGUGUCCACAGGGUUGGAAUCCAACAAACACCAACAACCUUCCGCCUCUUGCACCCCGCCCCCGGAUUUCAAUCACUGCCUGACCACGCCGAGAUCCAUGAACCCCAUGACCUCCAUUGCCUCUCAUCCGUUCAACACUAGGAUGGCACUGCAGCAGAACUCGGCCAACCUGGCAACCGAGCGGCACCACAGCUGUGACAACUUGGAUGAGGAGGACUUUCUGAGAAUCAGAUACGAGCAGCUGCCUGCAGAGCUUCCCAACGGCUGCUCGCCACUGCCGCUGCUGCAUUCAGGCUUCCUGAAGGACAAACGGCGCCUGAGCAGGACCAGCGGCACCAGCAGCCGGGCGCGGCAAGACGACCUGGCAGUGUAGGUCCAUUAUGGGCCAGAGAGUGAGGAUAGAACUGUCACUUACAAACACAGCUCUAACAACUUGCAAAAGUAUAAACAAAUUAGACAUUUUUCACAAUUUGCUACAUUACAACCAGAAACUUUAAACAUAUUUCAUUCAAUGUUUUUGUGAUGAACCAACACAAAGUGAGGCGUAAUUGCGAGGGAAAGGAAAAUAAUUCAUGAAAUCUUAAGUGUUGGUGUAUAUCUUCACCCACACCUGCUGCACACAUCUGGCAUCUAACAGCUUUCCAUAGAGGCUAGCAUAUUGUUCAUUGACCUUUGCAAAACAUCAAUCGUAUUGGACCGACGGGGCCUGUGAUCUUCAAAUUCAAGUAUUUUGAUGUAUAUCUUAAUUAUAUCAAGACGUAUGCAAUUCUAACACCUGAAAAGGCUGCUGGAAGAUGACAUUCUAACUCAGUUUCAAGAUUGUUAUUCAGCCUCUAACAGGUUUCAGGUACCUUCAUCAUGCAGAUACCUUCAUCCUGCAGAUACCUUCAUCUAUGCAUCAACUCUCAGCAGUAUAUUUUAUGGCAGCAUCAUCCUGACUUUUCCAUAAAGGGCACUUCAGUGCAGCACUUGGGACUCCGCAGCAUUCUCUGAUGUACCUGAUGACAUAUUCUACAUAUGAUCUCUGGGUACUCAUUAUGUGAAUUUCCUGGAUUUAUUUAGGGGUACAGGAGUAAAAUGCUGGUGAAAAAUAAAAACACUUCAGAUUUUUAAGUGUAAAAGAUUAUGAAAACCUUGAAUCCUUUUCCUUCAACGACAUGACUCUGUGCUCCUUUGUGUUGUUUAAGCUCAUGAAGUCCCUAUAAAACCUGUUGAAAUCUGUGUUUGUUACGUAGCAACAUGUGAAAAACAUCCAGGAGUAAUAAUAGCUUGGCAGAACACAGUGAAAGCCUGGCAGUUAUUCCUAAAAGACAAUCUGGUCCUGAUUUUCUGUGGGAACUUUCACAAAGGGGACAGCUGAUUGAAGAAAUCCCCCUUUGAAGACACACUGAAAUCUGUGAAAAGACUACAUAAACAUAGUAUACGAAUGCUGUCUGAAAGGAUGAGCAGGCGUGUUUCUGUGCUUGAAUAUAAAAAUGGAAAAUAAACUGCAAAAAGAGAUUAACACAAGCAGGGUAACAGGUGUGGUACCUGACCAUUGCACAUGCUUUCCUUUAUUUAGAACUCGUGGAAGGGGGGAAGGAUGCAAAAUUGUAUGUUUGUGAAGGAUGUGGGGUGUGUUUAUUCUUUUUUUUUCUAAUUAAAUAAUCAUAUGGAUCUCAGUUAUUUUCUAAAUUUCAUUUAUACCUUUGACUUAAAUAUAUCAUUUUAAUCACUCUUGAAUUGGGUAAUGUAAUUAAUAAAUCGAGAAAGAGUUAUAGCAUUAACUGUGAACAUUUUUUAUAUACAUAUUUGCAAAACAAAAUAAGUGCCUUGAAAAGUUAAGGAGGAUUUUCAUGUCUUCACUGCAAAUAGAUUUUUUUUUAUGUGUCCUCUACUAAAUCAAUUGCACUAUAUUUUUUGAUUUAAAACAAACAAUACUAACUUUUAAUUUGUGAAUGAAACCGUGAAAUAUUUCCUCUUUAUUAGCGAACGUGAUGUGAGAAUGUAGCUUCUUGUUUUGUCUAUUUAAAGUUAUUCAGAUUUAAUUUUGAAAGUUAUGGUCCUGCUGAUGUGAAGCGUAAUGAGCAGGUUUAGCCACUAGGUGGCGACAAUGCACUUGUAUUUUCAGACGGUGUCCUGGAUUUCUUGUUGUAAAUAGUCAUUCAAUGCAAAAUGUGUUUAAUUUUUUUUGUUCUUGAAUGCAUUGUGCUUCACAGUCUAGUUUUAUACUAUAUAGAGAAUAAUUGUGCAAAUAGAUAUAUUUACAAUCAGACAGUUAAACAUCAUGCAAAGGAAUUUAGUACAUUCUCUUCUGUUCUUUCACAUAGUCUGUAGUCCACAACAAAUCAAUAAACCAUCAUCCAUACA